UGUGGGCACAUUGAUCGUCGAUCGCACCCAAAGAAGAGCACCCCCAUCUCGGCCAGAACGGAAUAUGGAGGUCGAUCCGGCGGAAGAACCUCGCGACGAGGGCGAGGAGCACACGUCCAUUUACGACGACUUUCAACUGGACUUUGAAGGCUUCAGCAUGGCCCACGGAAUGCUGGUGGAGAUCUGCGAGGAGGUGCGCGACAAGUUCCCCCUGGAGGAGCGCCUACGCUUCUCCCAGCUGAACAACCUCUAUCUGGCGGCGCGCAGUGGACAGAUGAUGAGGUUCGUCGAGAUUCUGAACGCCGUGAGCAGCAGGGCGAUGCAGACGCACCUUGUGAAUACAAAUUUCGAUCAGCCGGAUUCGCAGUCGCUCACCCCACUGACAAUGGCGGCAAUGAGUGGCAAUGUGAAAUUCGUCAAGACCCUGCUUUCUCACUACGACGUGGACCUAGAGCGGGAGUGUAAUGUCAUCUUCGAUGGCAUGAUUGUCUACGGAGCCACCGCUCUCUGGGUUGCUGCUGGAAUGGGGCAUCUCCAGAUCGUCAAGCUGUUGGUCCAGGCUGGGGCUUCAAUAAAUCAUAACACAAAGGCGCAGUCGUCGCCACUAAGAGCAGCCUGCUAUGAAGGACGCCUGGACAUAGUCGAGUUCCUGAUCGAGCACGGUGCUGAUGUGAAUGCCACGAACCUGUUCAACAACAACACCCUAAUGAUCGCAGCCUACAAGGGUCACCACUUGGUGGUCAACACCCUGCUGCAGAACGGAUCCCGACCCAACGACCAGGCCCUGUGUGGAGCCACUGCCUUGCAUUAUGCAGCCGAAAGCGGGCACCUAGAUGUAGUUGUGUCGCUAAUGGACCACGGUGCUACACUUAAAAAGAACGAGUUGGGUAUAACCCCCGCCUUGCAAGCUGCCGAGCGGCUGCACGAGGAAGUUCUCGAGGCUUUCAUUCAGCGACCUGGCCUGAUGAGUCCCGAGGAGCAGAUCGCAGCACUGGAAUUGCUGGGAGCCACAUACGCCAAUGACAAAACCAAGUACGACAUCAACAAAGCGUACGCCUACCUUCUAAGAGCCAUGCAAAUGCGGUACAGUGAUCCCCGUGGCGUGAUCCGUAAGAAAGUGCAACCUCCCGUGCCUGCGUACGACAAUUGGUUUGAGACUGAAAACCUUCCUGAACUGAAUGCCAUUAAGCUUAAUCACCACUCCAUCCACAUGGAGUCUCUGGCCAUCAGAGAGCGUAUCCUCGGGCGUAACAAUCCAGAGCUACCGCAGGCCAUCGUCUACCGAGGAGCUGUGAUGGCCGACCAAGGCCGUUUUAGCCAGUGCCAAGUGCUGUGGAACUACGCCAUCGAUCUGCGAAUGCGGAACAACGUUUCUGUGGAUCGGGAUCUCCUGCGAUUCGCCCAGCUGUUCGCACAAAUUCUUCGCGUGGAGAACCACACCCUCACUCUGGAUCACGUCCUGCCCGUUCUGGCCAAAUGCCAACAAGAGAUUCAGAACAACAAAUUCAACAUCUCUGAAGCCAAGCCGGUCAAGUGCGCUAGCAUCUACCAAGAUCAAAACAAUCAAAACUGCAUCACAGCCCUCUAUCUGAUCAAAAUCGUCACGCACCUGGCGCGUCGCAAGACGGACCAGGACAUUAACGAGGAGCAGAUCCAGGAACUCUUCCUGGUUGUGCGCAAGUUCAUACAGAACGACACUAGACUGCAGGACGGUCAGACACUGCUCCACCUGGCAGUCAACGGAGUAAUGCCCGUAGACGAGUUCUACACGAACGAAAUGUGCAGAUUUCCCUGCUAUGCGACUGCUGUGGUUCUAGUGCACUGUGGGGCCUCGGUUGUUGCCGUAGACUCCGCCCGCAAUACUCCUCUUCAUAUAUUGGUGACCAAGGUAAACACCAUCCAGGAUCGCCAGGCAGAGAUGGCGCGCAUUCUGCAACUAUUCGUUCAGGCAGGAGCCCAUCUGGAUGCCGUGAAUGCAGCGGGUCAGACGGCGGCCACGGCCUGCAAGCAACCUGCCCUGGCUAACCUGCUGCAUGGAUACCAGAAUGCACACACCAGCCUUAAGUGUCUGUCGGCCCGCACCAUCGCCACCAACCGGCUGGACUUUAAGGGUCUUAUUCCCACACAAUUGGAGGCCUUCAUCCAGAUGCACAGCGUUCAUAAGGUGCUCCCAUAGAUAGCCAAAGGCAAGAGCCAAAACUGAAGUCAUUAGAACUGUGAAUACACUGAGCCACGUUGGAACACAUUUAUUUAACAAUUUGUACAAACAAUCGUGUUUGUAUGAACGAGUAUAUCGAAUUUAGUGACUUAAUUUAGCCAAAAGAUAGAGGGAGUUGUUUUACUUUUGUACACAUUUUUUUUUAGUAUUCAUUUUACUUUAUUUACAAUUACAAUCUGUAACAAUUGCACACGUGGACUGACUGUUUGUUUGUAAUCAUUAAUCAUAACUAUUAAUCAUACUUAUGUAAAUCAUUUUGUACAUUUUUUAUGUAAACUACCAUUAUUCGCUGUGCAAGACGGCGAUGGCCGCCUAAGUUCAAUCAAUCGAAUUGAUUAUGUUAUGUUAGGUGCAAGUGAAAUAAAAAGGAAACCAAAAAUGUAUCUGUAAA